CAAAAGUGUCACAUACAGAAAAGGAGCAAAAAUAAUAAUUGUCGGUGGCUGGGUAUAUAAACAAUGGCAGAGCGUUCAUUCAACAUCUCAUCUCCGGAACGACUUCGGAAGCUGUAAAGGAUCAUGUUUUCCAAGGCGGUGUUAUGUCUGUUGCUGCUGGGAUCGGCUCUCGCCCAGGAUUACUCUGACGAACCAAGUGCAAGGGAACAACAAUUUGCUCCAAGCUAUGCACCCCGACAAGGCUCCUACAACCCCCAGGACAUAUACGAGACGGGCCGUGCCGAACCUUAUGACUUCGGGUUCCAGAGCACCGAUGAAUUCGGAACGCUGAUGACCCGCCAAGAGACCUCAGACGAUGCAGGCGCCGUGCGGGGCAGCUACGGCUACACCGACCCCUUCGGUGUGUUUCGACACGUCGACUAUGUGGCCGAUCAGUUCGGUUUUCGCGCCGAAGUUAAGUCCAACGAGCCAGGAAUGGGAACCCAGAGCCCGGCCCAUGUGCAUAUCUACGCGGAACCCCCACCAGCUGGAGUCAUAGUCGAAAGACCAUACUACCACCCGCACCAAUCCGGUCAACAGUCAGCAGCAUCCGGUCAACAACCUUCACGCAGAAACCCAUCCCCAUCUGCCAGCAAUCAGGCUGCCAAUCGCCAGUCCGUCCGACCAGCUACCAGAGUUCAAGGAUCCGGCUCCAACACCAGGGCUUCCCUUCACCCCUACGUCCAGCCCCAUCAGAGCUCCUACAACUCUAACGUUGUGGCAAGUGGCAGCAACCAGUAUCCACCUACCGUGUCCAGCCAGUACGCAGCGCAACAGACUUCUUCUUCGUCUUCCUCUGGGCAAUAUGGAGCCUUUCAGGGGCAAUAUGGAGCUUCCUCAGGCCCCUCUUACGCCCUCAGGAGCCCCUACGCCUCUUCAUCGGGCAGGGCCGCCUCUUUCUCCGCUGCUCAAGCCACCAUCGUGAGCCCCAAGCCCUACGAUGGACCUACUUACAGGAUCGGAAACCCUCAUGUGACCGAGAUCCGUCCCGCUUCUGAAAAGGAAGAGUCUGGAUCCGUCCUUCUACCAACAGUUCUAACUACAGGUGGUGGACCAACCAUUGUCAAGCACAUUCAUGCCUAUCCUGCAGCCCCUACUGCUUAAUUUGACACCAGAAAAGUUUUGUGCAUGAGGUUUCUUCCAUUCACUGCGAAUCAGGAACUUCUCGUCCUUUUGAACGGAAUCCUACCUUGUCUCUGUCGAUUUCAGUGAACCAUCUAAUGUCAACGACAACAUCUUUAAGUCCCUUUGCUGGUUUUUAACCAACUAUCCAAGAGUCAUUCACAGGGAGCUUGUAUCGUUUUCGAUCCCGAAGCAAACAUAUAAUCGUCAUCGACAUGGAUUUGUAAUCUUUGUCAGUGUUGAAACAACCACCUGAUCCUGAUCGACCGUCGAUUUCGGAUGCAAGUGAUUGGCAACAAGAGGAGACAAUGUAGCUCCCCCUUCCAAAGUGGGAUUUUUCAUACGAAGCGUCCGUGAAACUAUCUCACAGCUGCUGAAUACAACUAAAUGAAAUAUAUUAAAACAUUACCCAAAAAAGAUUUGAAGCUAGGAACUUAGUAUAACUUGUAAUCUAAGGUAACAAUAUAAUCAACUUGGAAGAUUUCUCUCCGAGUACUAAUUAAAACAUGUUUCUUACCGUGGGAAAGACGAGAAAAGGACAAGAAUUCUUUACCUGGAUGUGCUGAUCCUCAUCGUAAAGCUUAUAUGAAGAGAACUUUAUGUUUACUGUCACCGAAUCUAUUUAUUUGUACAGCUAUUUAAACUUUAAACUGAACACUAUUUAAGCUUUCCCAUGUAUGUUUCCAUCAAAUCCAGUUCUUCUUAGGUGAUGUGGGUUUAUUAUUUAUUUAUGCUCAUUUAUAUGA